GAACAACGCCGAUGCGAAACGUCAUGACUUGGAACAACAAUUGGAGAAAGCGAGCGGCCUUCGUGAAGGCGCGGCGGCGGUCAUGGUCGGGUCGGAUAUGUCCAUUGCGGAAACGCCUUCGGAAGCGAGUUGGGCCGAGUCGUGGAUGGACGUGAGUGACAGCCCUAUGUCGCCUGAGACACCGCCGUCCGCGCACGGGAGAUGGUUGCCAGGUGGAGUUCGUGUGCCUAGUACACCACCUGAGCUGUUGCUAAACCUUCCUGGAACUCCACCUGGCACACCUCGAUGGUUGCCAGGUGGAGUUCGUGUGCCUAGUACACCACCUGAGGGCCAGCCACAUACUCUCUUCUUGUUCCGCCUGAAGCCAAAGGCGACCACUGCGCGAGCGCCGGGUCCAGGGCCCAUCCGCAAACGGGACUGGAAACCCUUGGCCUGGAAGCUUUUGAAGGAUCGCUCCAUCAUCUUACACACUGAUGGAGCGAAGGCCUACGAAUUAGCAGUUCCCGGUGUGUUACACGACAACAUUGUUCACAAGAAGAAGCGCAUCAUGGUCGCAGGUUGGAUCAGCGACCCUGAUGAGAAAGAUCCGCGCUGCCCAAUGGACCUAUUGGUACAGCAAGAAGAACGCAUGGACUUCGACCGCUACCAUGCUGAGGGAGCUGCGGUCCUGAGCAAAGUGCGCAUCGUGCCAAAAGAAGUUCGUGCUUUGCAUGUCAUGGAAAAGAAGGACACCACUCAGCAGCGCGGUUUGAUGACUGCCGCGGAGGCCCGCGAUCGCCUCACCGCGUUGUUGCUGCAGAAGGAAGAGCUGCGCGAGCAUCAGAUGGCACAACGCUCGCAACGGGCCGUCAGGCACAACGAGUUUGUGGCGGACAAGGUGCCACAGCUUCCACGCCUUUGUUUAACGGGUUGA